UUCCUCCCUCCCUCCUCCUUCUUCUUCAUCUCCUUUCUUUGCUGCUCUGCAACAACUACCCUUUCUUUCUUUCUUUCCUUCUCUUAUCUUGUCUUCUGUUUUUCACCUUUUCCCCCCCUACUUUAUCUCUCUCGAUCUUCGUUCCCCGCCUUUACCUCUCGCAGAUCAACCAUACCCAUCUCUGUCACCGCAGGACUUUUCUGCUUUUCUGAGCUAUAUAGGUUAAUGUUCCAUCUGGGUUCGAGUUUAAUUUGGAGGAAUUUGAAAUCUUGAAUCCCUAUUUGAUUAUGGAAGCCCAAUCUGGAGGAAAUUCUCAUCAUUUAUACGGACCAGUUUUGUCAGAAAUUCAGGGUUUUGGGAAGAAGAGAAUGGAAUGGGAUUUAAACGAUUGGAAAUGGGAUGGAGACUUAUUUCUCGCUACCCCGAUUAAUCCUCUUCCAGCCGAUUGCCGGAGUGGCCAGCUAUUCCCAUUGCUUCCAGAAGAUACUACACCUGAAAACGAGAGAGAGAAACGGAGAAGAGAUGUCAUCGUCUCCGACGAAUCACGGUCUCUUAAUCUAAACCUUGGAUGUCAGACUUACCCUGUUAUAACAGAGUCUGCAGCAGCAGAGAUCGAGAAGUCGGAAGGUAAGAGUGGGAAGAAAAGUAAGAUCUUUCCUGCUAUUCCGAUCCGAUCGGUUUGUCAAGUUGAAGACUGUCGAGCUGAUUUAAGCCAUGCUAAAGACUAUCACCGGAGACAUAAAGUCUGUGACGUUCAUUCCAAAGCUAGCAAAGCUUUAAUCGGAAAUGUCAUGCAAAGAUUCUGUCAGCAGUGUAGUAGGUUUCAUAUACUUGAUGAAUUCGAUGAAGGGAGAAGAAGCUGUCGAAGGCGUUUAGCUGGUCAUAACAGGAGAAGAAGGAAGACACAUCCUGAAACUGUCGCUAAUAAUGGAAGUUCUUUGAACAAUGAACAUGGGAGUAGCUAUUUAUUGAUUAGUCUUCUGAGAAUACUCUCCAAUAUGCACACUAAUAACUCGGAGGAACUAAAGGAUCAAGAUGUUCUAACUCAUUUGCUUAGAAAUCUUGCGAAUCCCGGUGGAGUAACUAUGCCUGCUCGAGAUCUUGGCGCUCCUACAACAACGGUUUCACCGAGGCCUGGAGGAGGAGAUGAUGAUGGGGUUCAUGAUGUAUCAAUGAAGAAGAAGAAGAAUUUUGACUUGAAUAAUGCUUAUGAUGAUUCUGAAGGCUGCAAUGAAAACUUUGGAAAUCAAACUAUUAGUAAUUCAGCUUCAACAUCAAGCCAGUCUCCAUCUAGUUCUAGUGGAGAUGCUCAGAGUCGAACUGAUCGAAUCGUGUUCAAACUUUUUGGUAAAGACCCGAGUAAUUUCCCCCUAGCUUUGAGGAAACAGAUUCUGGAUUGGUUAUCGAACAGUCCAACCGAUAUUGAAAGCUAUAUACGACCCGGCUGUAUUAUCUUGACAAUAUACCUUCGAUUGGGUAAUUCCGCAUGGGAUGAGCUUUCUUCUGAUUUGAGCUCGAGUUUGCUUAAACUAAUUGACGCGUCGAAUGACUCGUUUUGGAAAUCUGGUUGGGUUUAUACAAGGUUGCAGCAUCAUGUGGCGUUUGUCUACAAUGGUCGCAUCGUCUUAGACACACCCCUUCCUUUCGAGAGUCGUAAUUGUGGUAUCUCGAGCAUUAGGCCAAUCGCGGUCCCGCCUUCCAGAAAGGCUCAAUUUGUUGUCAAAGGUUUUAACAUGUCCUGUUCCACCUUAAGGUUACUUUGUGCUUUCGAAGGACGAUAUCUGGCAGAGGAGAACGGUUCAAACUCAACGGAGGAAAGUGAUGGAUUAAUGACGACAGCUGAUGAAGUCCAAUGCAUUAGUUUAUCGUGUUCUAUUCCAAACAUGAAUGGAAGAGGAUUCAUCGAGGUCGAGGACCAUGGCCUUAGUAGCAGCUUCUUCCCAUUUAUAGUAGCGGAACAAGACGUUUGUUCCGAAAUUUGCACCCUCGAGGCUGAAAUAGAAUCUACAUGCACCAAGAAUCAAGCUAUCGACUUUAUACACGAAAUGGGUUGGCUCCUUCAUAGAUUCGUUAACACGGAGAUGGGCGGUGGAGCGAAUUUGUUCCCGUUCGAACGCUUCAAGCAGCUCGUGGAGUUCUCUAUAGACCGGGAUUGGUGUUUCGUCGUUAAAAAGCUUUUGGGUAUUUUGUACAAAGGUUGUGUAGACAUUGGAGAGCAUUCGUCGUCUAUCGAAGCCGCGGUUUCGGAGAUGUCUCUCUUGCAUAGAGCCGUGCAGAGGAAUUCCGCCCCCAUGGUGGUUUUCCUCUUGAGAUACGUGGCUGAUGGACUGAAGCCCGAGUUCUUGUUCAGGCCCGAUGCAGUUGGCCCCGGAGGUUUGACUCCUCUUCAUGUUGCGGCUAGUAGAAAGGGCAACGAGAGCGUGCUCGAUGCGUUAACCGAUGAUCCCCAUUCGGUGGGGAUAGAAGCAUGGAACACGGCUCGCGAUGGAACCGGAAUGACUCCAAACGACUACGCAUGCAUGCGAGGAUACUAUUCCCACGUUCAUCUCGUCCAAAGGAAAAUCAACCGUCUCCACCACCACGUAACUUUGGAUAUUCCCAAUAGCCAAAUGGCAUGCUUGAACACGGAGAAAAUCGAAACAAAGCAGAAGGAUUUCGGAAGAGGAAACUGCAGGAUGUGUAGAAAGACUCCGGCAACAUAUGGAAGAUCGACGGUAUCUUCCGUGGCCCUUUAUAGGCCGGCGAUGCUGUCUAUGGUGGCUAUAGCUGCGGUUUGCGUUUGCGUGGCUCUACUAUUCAAGAGUUGCCCUCAAGUUAUGUAUGUGUUUGGUCCUUUCAGAUGGGAACUUCUCAAGUAUGGUUCAAGCUAAAACUUUACUAUUUAAGAAGUUAUAAUUAGUAUUCUUUUGAGUUUUUUCUUAUUAUGUAUGGAGAGAUGAAAGUUAGUUUUAUGCCAUUAUCUAAUUAUUUCUUUUAUUUA